CGACUUUUACUUCUAAAGUUCUCAAGAAAAAAAAACAACACAAAAAUUAACAACUGUUCGAAUAAUUAAAGAAACUCACUAAAAGCUGCAUUCUAUUCAUCUCAAAAAUGGCAGCAAAAGUAGCUUCUGCACCAAAUAAAGUAUUUCAAAAUCAUGAUGAUGUCCAUAUAUCCUUUGAGGACCAACAAAAAAUUAAUAAAUUUGCCAAGCACAACGCCCGCAUGGAUGAACUGAAAGUCGAGUUGGAAAUGAAGAAAAAUGACUUGAAGAGUGUUGAAGAAGCUCUUGAUGAAAUUGAGCUAUUCGAUGAGGAUGAGGAUAUACCAUUCCUUUUCGGUGAGGUAUUUUUAUCACACAAGCUCUCAAGAACACAGGAACUGUUGCAAGAAACUAAAGAACAGACCUUGAAGGAAAUUGCUAGCAUAGAAGCCAAAGCCAAUGACAUAAAAACUGAAAUGAAUGAACUGAAAGCCCAAUUGUAUCAACGAUUUGGCAGUAAUAUUUCACUGGAAAGCGAUGAUUAGGAAGAUGACCAAAUUUUUAAUAUUCGAACAAACAUGAUUACCGCUUUAAAUUUUUCAAUGGAUAAGCUGCGCUUUAAUAAUAAUUAAUUCUAAACAGUAAAA